UAACGAAAUUAUAGUAACAAUUUGCAAUCGGAUAUUAAUAUAGUACGAAAAAAAAAGUUAUAUAAUUUCGCGCCAUUUUGUUUUUCGAAGAACAAAUUCAGUUGUAACUUGUAGAAAGUUAAUACCUGCAUAAUUGUUUAAUAAUAAUAAACGUUAAAAUUUUUGAAUUUCUUCAAUACAACAUCAUGGAGAUUGGAAAUAUAGGCAAAGUUGCAAACAGAAAAAGAAUGAAUGUAGAGGUAGAACAACUUCGCGAAAAAGUUUCCAGAGAAACUACGAAGAUUAUAAAAUUAAAGGUAGCUCAAGAUACGGCAUACUGGGACUUAAAAGAGAAGUUGCAACAAGUUGAAGGCAACCAUGAGCGGUUGCAACAGAAUAUGGUCGAAGUCCAGAUGCAGCACGAGACCAUUUCCGGGCAGUACCAGGACGAACUCAGACUUCGCCCCGACACUCUGAACAAGUUGACCAGUACUCGAGAGAUUUGCGAAGUCUUGGAAGAUUACAGUGAGCGUCUGAAAGAGACGUUAUCGCGUUGCAAGGCUGACCAAGCGGUUCUUUGUGAAGCUUACCAGAAGUCUGGUCAACUUGUUCGGGAAAUACAGGUGAAAAAAGUCCAGGAGGAUGAAAAAAAUCGUCAGGUUAUUAACGGACUUGAGGAUAAAGUAAAAAUGACAAGCGAACAUCAGAAGCAGUUGCUACACCUGUUGAAUUCGUCUAAACAACAGGCGGACUUCGACAUUGCCAAUCUCAGGCAGAAAUUGGAAACAAUCCAACAGCAAAAGGACGAUCUCGUGGAGAGUGUCAACGAGUUAAACAGGAAGCUGGAUUUGUGCAACUUCAAUAUUGAAAAGAAGGAUGAAACAAUUUCGAACCUACAAAGGGAUAUGAAGCAGCUGAUACAAGAGUUCAAUGCCCAGAGUUCGGAAGCAAAGAACACUCUCAUGAAGCAGGAAAAUGAACUUAAAGAAGCACUAGAAGCCAAUUCCUCUCUGAAGCGCUCCUUGGCCCAUCAGGAACAGUUCACUCAGAGCGUCUGCGAGCAAAAGAAUAACUUACAAGAGAAAAUCGCGGUCCUCGAAGAGGACCAACAGAACUCCCGAAAUGAGCUGGAGGGACUCAGAGCUAAGCUUGAGGAAGCUACAGCUGCAUUUGAGAAUCAAAAGAAAGACAUCGCUACAUUGAUUAACGAGAAGGAGCUCUUAUUGAAUGAUAUCAAAGACAAAGAACAGAUUGAAAAACUAAAUGAACAAGUACAACAAAUUAAUAACGAGAAAGAUGAAAUAAAAUCUGAACUCGAUAAAAAUGUCGAAGAGUCUAAAAUGAAAUCGGUCCGCAUCGGGGAACUUAGGAAUAAUAUUGAAGCUUUAGAAAAGAAUAUUGAAGAAAUUGAAAACACUCACAAGACAUUCAAAAUAAAAUCAGAAGAGAAAAUCAAAGAACUCUCAGAUAUAAUCGAAGCCAGAGAUAAAGAGUUAGACUCCAAAGCGUCGUCUAUCACACAACUGAUGUCGGAGCUAAAGACCAGUACAGACAUCAGGUCGAAGUUGGAGACCACCUUGCAGAAGGUCAGGAAAGAGAUUGAUAUAGAAAGAGAUGGAGUAAAGGAAAAGGAGAGGAAGAUGAAUGCCAAGAUCGAGCAGCUAGAAGCUGUUAUUAGGGAUAAGGAAGACGAACUAUCGAAGCAAAUGUCCAUAAUAUUGGAGAUGAGAAAUGAAAAGGAGCGUCUUCAGGACAAGAUCCAGGGUAUGCAGAAUAUGAUAGACAACAUCCAGAAGGAGCUUACGGGGCGUUCAGCGUCUGCGCCUCGUCUUCAGCCAGAACAAGAUGAUAACGCAGUCAUGCUCACUCCUGGGCCUAAGAAGAGCCAGCCUCCGAGUUCGCCAAUUAUCCAAAACUCACAGUUUGCGGUUCCACGAAAGGACCCCAAGUUGGAUUCCAUGUUCUUCAACUUGUUUAGUGACAGCAGCAUGGAAGGAGACACACUUGACGCAUCGGAAGUGAACCGUCGCUUCGCGGCGAUGUCCCGCGGCGAGCGCGUAUCCCCGAUGACACUGGGGUCGCUGAAGCGCCGUAGUGGCGUCCCUAUUCACCCUGCAAACAAGGUCAAGCCCUCGCAGGACUGUGACGCGAUAUCCCUUUCACAAGUUAAGAACGAUAUGAAAAAUAAGGAGCGAACUUUCUUCAAGAACAAGAGAGGGGAUAAUAAGAACAAGAAGAUUAAAUAAUUUGCUUUCGUAACUUUUUUCAAGCGUUGAUUGUUAAUCAAUUCCUUGUUUUGUUUCCAUUUAAUUAUUAAUAAAUGAAACGAAUAUAAUUUCAAUAAAAUUAAAGCAAUGUUUUCCUUAUUUCCAUGUUAACAAUAUUUUAUUGAAUUUUUAUUUUUUUAACAGUCACACCAACAUAAAUUGUACUUAAACAUAAUAGUAUAUCAGUUUCGUAUUUAUUGUUCGAUUUCGUAUCCGUAAGUAUAGAAUAUACAAGCUGCGUCCAGCGGCGCCAUCCGCGUUAAUUUGAGAAUAAAACAAAUGAAAAUAUUUUUAAACCGCGAGUUACACAAGCACGCGACGCGACGUGAUGUCGUUUCAUUUGAUUUAAGUAAGUCCAAAUUAAAUACUGUAAAACGCAAAGAUGAUAUUUUAAUAAAAUAGCCUAGUUGA